AUGGAUAAUAAGAAACAACAUGUUGCAAUUUUUACAACGGCGAGUCUUCCUUGGAUGACUGGAACUGCCGUAAACCCUCUGUUUCGUGCUGCGUAUCUUGGGAAAGAUGGGAGUAGAAAGGUCACUUUGGUGAUUCCGUGGUUGUCAUUGCAACAUCAGAAGUUAGUUUACCCCAAUAAUAUCACCUUCACUUCACCUUCUGAGCAAGAAGUGUAUGUCCGUCAAUGGCUUGAGGAGAGGAUUUCAUUUUCCCCUGGUUUUAGCAUACAAUUCUACCCCGCCAAGUUUGCUCUGGAUAAAAGAAGCAUUCUUGCCGUAGGAGAUAUCUCAGAAGUCAUACCCGAUGAAGAGGCUGACAUUGCGGUCCUUGAGGAGCCUGAACAUCUCACAUGGUUUCAUCAUGGGAAGAGAUGGAAAACUAAAUUCCGCCUUGUGAUAGGAAUUAUACACACCAAUUAUUUGGAAUAUGUCAAGAGAGAGAAGAAUGGACGAAUUAAAGCGUUGUUUCUUAAAUAUAUUAACAGUUGGGUUGUUGACAUAUACUGCCACAAGGUAAUUAGAUUGUCCGCUGCUACCCAGGAUUAUCCUAAUUCCAUCAUCUGCAAUGUUCAUGGAGUGAAUCCUAAGUUCCUUGAGAUUGGCAAGAAAAAGAUAGAGCUACAGCGGAGUGGGAAUCAGGCCUUCACUAAAGGUGCUUACUACAUUGGAAAAAUGGUGUGGAGCAAAGGCUACAAGGAGCUUAUUAAACUUAUUCGAGACAAUCAAAAGGAGCUAAUUGGGCUUGAUGUAGAUUUAUAUGGCAGUGGAGAAGACUCUGAACAAGUCCAGGCAGCUGCUAAAAAAUUAGAUCUGGUAGUCAGAGUAUAUCCUGGGCGUGAUCAUGCAGAUCCUGUAUUCCAUGAUUAUAAAGUGUUCCUGAAUCCAAGCACCACAGACGUGGUUUGCACGACAACGGCAGAAGCUUUGGCAAUGGGCAAAAUUGUUGUAUGUGCCAAUCACCCAUCGAAUGACUUCUUCAAGAAGUUUCCAAAUUGCCGAACUUAUAAUAAGAGCAAUGAAUUUGUUGAGGCCAUAAAGAAGGCUUUAACUGAAGAACCUGCUGAGCUGACUGAUGCACAGAGGCAUGAGUUGUCAUGGGAGGCUGCAACAGAACGAUUUCUGGUGGUUUCUGAGCUUGACCAGGAAUUUGCAAGGAAACCAGCGAAAAGUCUUUCAAAGAACUUUGCUUCUGUGUCUUUGAAUCAGCGAAUGGAGGAUGUAUCAGCAUAUGUGCACUAUGUGGCUUCUGGUUCUGAAGCAUCAAGAAGAGCUUUUGGUGCAAUUCCAGAGAGUCUGCAUCCAGAUGAAGAGCAAUGUAAGGAGCUUGGACUGGCUAUUCCUGCCGCGACCCAAGGAUCAAAACAUCUUGUUGGCACAUCAUGA